AUGGAGCACUGGAAUCGAAUCAAGAUUGCCAAAUGCCAGAUACUGAUCACCAACUUCUUUGUCUUGCUGCUGGGUCUCUCUACGGCCACCAUGGCAGUGGUCAUUCACUUUGGAAACCGCUUUACUGUCAUUCGUCAAGUAGCCCUGGAGAGGAACCCCUAUGAAGGAAUGCACUAUUGGGCCUUCUACUUGGGGAUCAGCCUAGCAGGUCUACUGAGCCUGGGCGCUGUCCUGAGCACGAUAGCCACAGUGAGGGAGGCCCAUGGCCUCAUGGCUGCGGGUUUCCUGUGCUUUGCCCUGUCAUUCUGUGUCCUGGUGCAGGUGGCAUUCUGGAGAUUCCACAACCCCACCCAGGUGGAGGAUGCAGUAUUGGACACCUAUGACCUCGUGUAUGACCAGGCAAUGAAGAGCCCAUCCAGCAGCUGGUGGCAGGAGCUGGCCACCAUCCAGGACACGUUUCUGUGUUGUGGGAAGAAGUCUCCUUUUGGGUUUCUGGCGAGCACCAGAGCCAUCCCAUGUCAGGGCCAGGAGGCCAUGAGAGAGGACUGCCUACAGAGGAUCGGGAGCUUCCUGUGGACACAUUACAGUAUCGCCUCCACCCUGACCUGCACCAGCCUGGCCCUCACGGUGUACGCUAUGAUGCUCUGCGCCUUCCUGUGGUUUGCCAUUCACUCCUACUGUGGCUUGGAUCGCAAAGGCAGAUAUACCCUCACCCCACGAGCCCAUGGCUGCCAGCCCCAGGAACCUAGCCUCUUCAGAUGGACUAAAGACGGAGUGCCUCAAUGCCCCUCUGAAGCAUAA